AUGGACAUAAUAAUAAAGGUUAAUAAUCAAUCGGUAGGAAGAGACAAAUUAGCCAGGUUAGUGCAAUACACUAGCCGUUUAGUCUGGCACCAACUUGAAUCAAGAAAUGCAAAUAAAUACUCUGUGGAUAGAAUUAAAAGUUUAGAAAAUACCUUAAGUACUUUUAGGAAAGUUCUCAGGUUGGGAAGAUGUGUGGACAUUUUCUAUACAGCUCUUAACAGCAUUCAUAUUGAAGAUCCUUUCCUGCGAUUUACCCUGACUACUAGCAAAUUAGCCCAUGCUCUGUAUCUUUACGCAGACCACAUAGUAUGGUUAUCAAAGAGUGUAAAACAAAAUGCUGCAAAAAUAAGAGUAAAGAGGUUAGAACUAGACGAAAAUUUGUUAAUGUAUUUCAGUAAAGAUGAAUUUUACUAUUGCUAUGAUCCUGAAAAGAAGUGCAAAACAGGAGACAUUGUGCUUAUUCAAGCUCUACCGCGAAAGCUUACAAAACUCAUAACUCAUGAAGUAAAAGAAGUUGUUUAUCCAUUCGGUGAUGUGACUGAUCCUAUAACUGGCAAAAAGGUAGCAAAAGAAAGUUAUAGAGAGGAUAUUGACAAACGAGCAGAAAUUUACGGUAAAUUAGAGACAGCAUUUGAUUACGAAAAAGCACCACCAAGAGGAUGGCAGGACGAUAUU